AUGUAAAAAAAACAUUGUGAUUUAAUACUUAAUGAAAAAGGAUCCCUUUGGUUAGGGAAUUGCGAAUCAGCACUAGAUGAGGUAUAAUUUUGUGUGAUUUUAGGAGUUCUUAAAAGUUAAAGGAAUUAAAACAGUGAUAACAGUAGCAGCAGGAUUGCAAUUAAAACUAAAUGGGUUAGUACAUCACAUAAUAGAGAUAUUCGAUAGUGAUACGGCGAAUAUUUCGUAACAUUUUUAAACUGCAAACGAAUGGAUAGAGAGAGGAUUUAAGAUCGGGGGUGUGUUAGGUAGUAAUUAUGUGUUUAAAGAAGCUAAGUUCAUUGCAUGGCAGGCAUAUCCCGUUCAGCAGCAAUAGUUAUUAGUUACCUGAUAGAAAAGAAGAAGAUGAAUUAUAAUUAAGCGUUAUCGUUUGUGAAAUCUAAAAGGCCAUAAAUUAAUCCAAAUAAGGGCUUUAGCAAUUAAUUACAAGCCUUUUUUGUUAAGGUCCAGCAACCUCCAUUGGCUAGAAAUGGCAGAGGCAACAAUUUCCAGCAAAACCAGGAAUAUUAUGAUUGUAAUUAUUAUGCUCCAAUCCAUCGGAAGGGAUCAGCGGGAAUAUUACAAUAAAAUAUGAACUUUUAUAAAUCGAUUACUAAAUCAAUUUCAUAAAGUAAGAAUAAAAAUAAAUGA